AUGCCAAUGAAACGGGGUCAUGUGUCAGCUCCUCAAAAUACGUUUAUUGAUACAAUUAUACGUAAAUUCGACUCACAAAAUCGUCGAUUUCUUAUAUCCAAUGCUCAAUUGGUAAAUAAACCAAUAAUUUAUUGUAAUGAUGCAUUUUGCGAUUUAACUGGAUAUUCACGUGCAGAUAUAAUUCAAAAAGCUUGUACUUGUGAAUUUUUAUAUGGAGCUGAAACAAGUGAAAAAGCUGCAAAACAAAUUCGACAUGCUUUGCAAGGAAGUGAUGAAAAAGAAGUUGAUAUUAUUUUGUAUAAGAAUAAUGGUAAAUUUUUCGUUUCAAAUGUUGUUUUUUUCAGUUAA